AUGGGUUCACCACUCAGCAAGAUCGCAUCCUACUUUCCUCGAAAAGAAGAUGUAUGCGUACUCAUGUUGGGUCUCGAUGCAGCUGGUAAAACGACCGCUCUCUAUGCCAUGAAACUAGGUGAAAUUGUGACAACAAUUCCUACGAUCGGUUUUAAUGCUGAAACAGUUGAAUUUAAAAAUAUCACAAUGAUAGCUUGGGAUGUCGAUGGUCGUGACAAAAUUUGA